CUAUUAUCUUGGAUAAUAGUUUUCCUUUUUUCUUUCUUGCCCUAAUAGGAACAGAUGUAGCGAUGAUUUUCUACCUUUAUUGUUUAUUUAUUUCUCCUCUUUCUGUGUAGACAUAUAUAAAGUAGCACUUUAAUUUGGCACCUUCAAACUUUGCCUACUCUUUGGCUAUAUUUCUCCCCACACAACUAUUUUCUCUACACAGCAUUCUAUUCUGAGUAGUAGGGCGCUCAUGACAUGUAAAGUGCCCGACACGCUCCUUUGGUGUACGUAUCUAACGGUCUUCUAACUCGUGGCCUGUGGUGUUUCCAUCUGUCUGAGAGGGCAUGGGUGAAUGAAUCGAGCUCUUGACUGAAAACACUUCUUUUUCUCAGAAAACAAUGCAGCUCUAAUUCACACAUUUCAUGGUAGUGUUUUAAAAGAUUGAAAGAUUUCGUUGGUGUGUAUUUGUUGUGCAGUGCACCGUAUGCGUCGUGGGUCCAACCAAUUCACCUUCGUUGCGAGCUUUAGCACAGUUACCGGAACACUACGCAAUGGAAGGUCUGCCCGUAUCUACAAGAUUAUGGAUUUUGUGAUUUCACCAUGGCAGCGUAUCAAUACCACUAGGGAGGAACUUGCCUGCUUCAUCGACCAUUGCGCCUAGCUUGGGAUAGCUUCCGUUGUUACAUUCGACAAAUAGAGUUUUAUCUCGGAUUCAUGGCUGUCUUAACUAUGGUUAAUCACAGCACCAACUCGGCAAUCCCAUCCUUCUGCGUUAGAUCACAACAAUCAAAGGAUCUAUGUCAAAACAUCUUUUCUACUCGAGAUCCUUGUUGAUUGUAGCGAACAACUUUUCUCUGUUUUAGUCGACACACUACGACAUGAUGUCUCUGGCCAUACAGGACUUUUCAGCUCCCAUCAACUUUUUUCUUUUUUGAUAUAUGUCUUUGACCCUUUUGCUCAUCUCCUCGUGUAGAUGUCCUUAUGUCUAUUUUAUACGGUGAUCCUUUCCCUUCUCCUUAUCAGUGAUUCUAGUAUAGAUUAGUUUCUAGAUUUUUUGUUUGCUUACUCGCUGAGCUGUUCACUAGUAAAAGCGAAAUGUCCACCCCUAAUCUAGCACCACAGUGGCCGGAGACGAAGCCCACGGUUGCACCCACCGCUACUCCAUCGGCGUUGUCUCUGUGGGAUAAGCUGGACUUGCCCUCUCCGGACGCCGUUACCCUGUUGCAUCAGAGCAAGCGCGUAGUGUUACUGGGAAAUAUGUUCAGUGGGAAGCGAACCCUGAGCAGUCAACUGCGCCGUGCAUCGGAGUUGCAGUACACGCUAGGCGAGGACAGUCAUCACCCCACCGUCAACGAGGAGACCCGCCGCCCGUUGUACGUCCCGGCGGCCGCCUCCAACGCUGACAGCCCGCUCAUCGGCGCCGAUCCCCGGGAGGAUUCGGUCGUUUCGAUGUCUAGUUUCUCGCAAUCGCCGUGCGCGAUGACGGCAACACACGGCAGCGACCGUCUCCCACAUGGUUCAGGCCUCGCACACGACUACGUGAUCCAACGCGUGCCGCGACGCGCCGCAUCCCCCAGCAGCGGCGGUGGCGGUUCCCCGCAGGCGGGGUUCAUCCGGCAGUCGGUCGAGUUCUUCUGUUGUGAUACCGCCGGCGCGCUCUUCUCUGCGUUGCCGUCAUUGCAGUCUUUGGAAGAGGCGGUGGUGCUUCUCGUGAUCGAUGUCAGCCGUCCAGGCGAGAUACAGGCUCAACUAGAUAGCAACUAUGACGCGUUGCACGCUCACGUUUCGAAGCUCCUGUCGACACACCUACCAAAUCAAGACGAGGUCCGCCGUAUUCAGAUGAUCGAGUCUCAGCAGCAGUACUGGAUGAGGCAGGAAAAACGACUGAGAUCGUUGAGAGCGGUGCUAGCUGCGAAGGGACCUCUGAAGGAGGCGCUAGUGAGCCCUAGCGUGUGCUUGGACGAGGUGAAUGCGGAGUCCUUGCGAACCCCGCCCGAUUCAGUGUGCCCGGUGAGAAGCAUCUUGAUUUGCACCAAAACAGAUCGUUUAGAAAGGCUUUCAAAGACCCUCGAAUCAUCCCCGCUACCCGAGGAGUUGGAUGCCUUUCUUAAUCAUGUCGUGCCUGCUUCGUUGCGGGCCGACAUGCAGAGCGCUCAGCUAUCUUUGCUGCCUCUUGUGGCUCAACUUGUGCGGCAGCGUGCCAUUGCCCAUUGCAGUUCUCUGAUGGCCGUCAGCAGUCGACUCAGUACUGCCCCUAUGGAAGGUGUCUGUGGGGCCGAUCUUGCGCAUCCGUAUUAUCGCGGGCUGUGGAAUCACAUCCUGGAGCGUCUUAUGGAUGACAGUAUACCAGCAAUGGGCAACACCACAGCAGGUAGUGCUGAGCUCUUUGCUAUCGAAACCGAUCACGCAGUCCAAGAAAACGAGCUUGAGUCUCUCUGUACGGCAAACUUCUUCCCCACCGCCUUCCUGCCGUGCGGCCUUGACGCCUUAGGUCUACUCAAUCCUUUUGUGGCCUCACAGGGGGUCGGGUUUCCUUCUUCGCUGCACCUGGGUUCGCGUGCUGGUCUCGACAGUGGCGCAGGGGCACGCCCGGACGCGUUCACAUCGGCAGUACCCAUGGAAUCGGAGCCAGCCCUUGUCCAGUCCAUCAACCCGACGUCCCUUUUUAAGCUUCACCAGGGAUACCUGCAGGAGACAGUUGCAACAUCCAUUUUUUGGUCAAACCAUACAGUAGACUCCGUGUCUUCCCGCAGCAGCGUCUCUCAUCUCAGGCUAUCCACUCAGGCUCUUGAAGCAGAGAAUGAAACCGAUGGGGAUGCCUUAAUUUGGGAUUCGGUUUAG